GUUCUAACCGCGCCUUGCGAGGUGGCCCUUGCAGCCGUGACUAUAAACUGGUGAGACUCCAUCGACAUGGGCAACCGGCAAGCAUGAGAAAGUCUCCGUGCCACUUUCAUCAAGGUGCGACCAAACCAUUAUUCUUUCAGGCCGACCCUUGCUAUGGCUAUCACUACUACAAAGCCUCCCAGCCUGCGACAGGUCGAAGCCUCGGAAGGCUGCGAUGCCAUUGUCAGCGCCCUUCGUGAGGAUGGUGGUGUCAUCAUAAAAAACCUUGUGACAACAGACCAGGUUUGUCGUAUCAACAAGGAGAUUGACCCUGUCAUGGAAAAGCUUGCAGUUGGCACCAAACUCUCGGAUGAACGACUCCAGGACUUUCAUGGGUACAAUACGAAACGGUUGACGAAUCUGGUUACGCACAGUAAGACCUUUCGCGAAGAAGUCCUGGAGCAUGACUUGAUCCAUCAAAUCUGUGAAGCGAUCUUCAUGGAGGAUGCGGGCACGUACUGGAUGAACUCGGCUCAAACCAUUGAGAUUGGUCCAGGUAGCAACCGUCAAGAGCUACAUCGUGACCAAAUCCAAUACCCAAUCUUCACAUACUGCGGCGCCGACGCUCCCGAGGCGGUCAUCAAUUUUAUGGUAGCCUUGACCAAGUUCACCGAGGAGAGCGGUGCCACACGGGUUGUACCUGGAAGUCAUAAGUGGGCGAAUUUUCGGGAGUACGGAACCCAUGAAGACAGUGUCCCGGCGGAAAUGGAAGUGGGUGAUGCGUGUCUCUUCAGUGGAAAGGUUUCGCACGGUGGCGGCGCUAAUCGGACUCGCGACUUCAAGAGACGAGGUCUUGCCAUCACAUUUCAGCCUUCCUACCUAACUCCUGAGGAGGCGUAUCCGUUUCUUAUUCGGAAGGAGCUUGCUAUGACGCUCAGCCCGCGGGCGCAGCGCCUGCUUGGCUUCCGCUCCCAAUUUCCAAAGGAUACCUUGGGGUUAUGGAAAUGUGAUUACAGCCAUACGGACGACGUCGUUUACUACCCAGCCACAUAGCCG